AUGGCAUCCCGCAGCCACUUCACGUCGGUGGUGAGAGAGCUCGGACUUCUGUCGAUAUGGAACUCUCCCCUUGAUGUUAAGCUGCUAUGUAUCCAACGGUUCGUCAGGCUGUUCGCCUAUGGAGCAACGACGCUAGUCCUUGUGCUGUAUCUAUCGGAAUUGGGCAUCUCAGAUCAGCAGAUUGGAGUUUUCAUGACUCUGACUCUUUUCGGGGAUGUUUUUAUUAGCCUCUUCCUCACCAUGUUUGCCGACCGGAUAGGACGAAAGGAUGUCCUUGCGCUCGGUGCCGUGAUGAUGACUGGAAGUGGCAUUGCCUUCGGUCUCAGCAGUAACUACUGGGUGCUGCUCGCGGCUGCUAUAUUUGGAGUCAUCAGCCCAAGUGGAAAAGAGGUUGGCCCAUUCCGUGCGAUUGAAGAGUCAACUCUUGCGCAUCUGACAGAAAAAGAAGUACGAGCGGAUAUAUUCGCUUGGUACACUCUAAUCGGGACUGGGGGCUAUGCAUUCGGGAUACUUGUCUGCGGAUGGAUGGUAGAGGUACUAAAAGCACUGGACGGGUGGGAUGAUAUCCGCGCGUACAGAGUCAUUUUCUUCGCGUACUCCGUGUUUGGUCUUAUGAAACUUUUACUCGUCCUUGCUCUGAGCAAGGAUUGCGAGGCCAAGCCUAAGCCACCUCAGGAGCGCCCCCACGAAGAAGCUCCUCUGUUAGGUGCCGCAGAACCAAGCCAGCCCCGUCGGUCGUUCUUUGGGGUCUUCUCUCACAUUAGCCCCGAAAGCUUGGCUGUACUAUUGCAGUUGUGUCUCCUGUUCGGCCUUGACUCCUUUGCGAGUGGUCUGAUUCCGCUCUCGUGGGUCACCGUCUUUUUCCAGAGGAAGUUUGGCAUCACAGAUGGCUUCCUUGGGACUAUAUUCUUUACUACAAACAUUAUCGCUGCCCUUUCAACUCUAGGUGCAGCUUCUCUUGCAAGGAGAAUUGGCAAUGUUAGGACCAUGGUAUUCACUCACCUCCCUUCGGCUAUAUUUGUCGCCGUCAUCGCAAUUCCCUCUCAGAUGCCUGUUGCUCUGACCUUCCUUAUCCUACGCUCCUGCACCCAAUCUAUGGAUGUGGCGCCUCGGUCCGCCUUCCUUGCUGCCACUAUCCUCCCAAACGAGCGUACGGCAAUAAUGGGGAUUUUAAAUGUUGUCAAGACGUUUACGUCCGGGCUUGGCCCCGGACUCACAGGAGUGCUCUUUGAUCAUAAUCUGGCAUGGACUGUAUUUGUAAUGGCUGGAUCUCUAAAGGUGAUUUAUGAUUUGGGUAUGUUGGCGGUCUUCAAGGGUCAUGAAAGUCGGGAAGACAAGCCGGUCAGGCCAGCCGACGAGGAGACGUAA